AAUCGACAUCGCGGUAAUUCUCGCGAGGAUUCGGUUGGGUGCGCUGGUCUGGGAUCAGGGUCACGAGGGGAGGUUUGAGCCAGUGACGUUGCGCUGAUGUUUGGAGUCAAUACAGGAAGCUGUAGUAGACAGCGAGGCCGGACCGAGCCAGGAUGGCUUGCAGCGACAUGGAGAAGUCCAGCCUUGAUGAUGCCUGCUGUGAUGGUGCGUUCUCCAGUUGUGCAGCAGCCAUGGAGAAAGAGAGAGACUCAUAUCUGAGCCCGACAGAGAACCCCUCCACCAUCAGUGUCUCUUCUAGUGUCACCCCAGACCAGCAAGGCUAUGAUGUAGAGUUUGACCCUCCGCUAGAGAGCAAGUAUGAGUGCCCAAUCUGUCUAAUGGGUCUUCGCUCGGCAGUCCAGACACCGUGUGGACAUCGAUUCUGCAACUCAUGCAUCAGGAAGUCCAUCAGGGACACAGGGCAGAAAUGUCCAGUUGACAAUGAGGUGCUGCUCGAGGAACAGCUCUUCCCUGAUAACUUUGCCAAAAGAGAGAUCCUUUCACUCACUGUCAGAUGUCCUAAUGAAGGAUGCAGUGAUAAAAUGGAGUUGCGCCAACUGGAGAGACACGUGUCUCAGUGUAAGUUUGCGACAGUGCCAUGCCCUCAGUGUCUGGAGUCUGUUCGUAAGAGCCAUCUGGAUGAACACAAGAGCCAGCAGUGCUUACAGCGGCUUAUGACCUGUCCUGCCUGUGCAGGGAGUUUUGUGUAUGCUAAGAAACAGAUUCAUGAACAGAUUUGUCCUUUCGCCAAUACAGUGUGUGAAUAUUGCGAAAUGGAGCUAAUUCGGGAUCAGUUGGCAUUGCACUGUGACACAGACUGUUUGAAAGCUCCUGUAGCCUGUACUUUCAGCACUUUUGGUUGUCGUGAAAAGAUGCCGAGAAAUGAACUUGCUCAGCACAUGCAGGAAUUUACACAGAUGCACAUGCGUUACAUGGCGGAGUUUCUGCGCAGCCAGUCUCUCAAUAGCUGCCUAAUGCCAUCAGUUGCCGCCCAUUCAUCGUCAGACGAACGUGGUGCCUCUUCCCGGGCGGCAGAUUCUUGCCACUGUAAACAGGAGCUGUUAAACCUUAGGGAGACUGUUCUGGAGCUGGAGGGUCGGCUGGUGCGUCAAGAUCAGCAGAUUCGGGAGCUGUGCAUCCACAACGAGACACAGAAAAACCAAGUCACCGAACUACGGCGAAAGCUGAGCUCACUGGAGGAGGCAACCCGAGAGCUAGAAGCCCAGCAGUACCAAGGCGUCUACGUGUGGCGCUUGGAGAACUUCUCACUUCACCUGCGCAACCAAGAGGCCGGUCAGCCCAUAGUCCUCCACAGCCCACCUUUCUACACGGGCCGGCCGGGGUACAAACUCUGCCUCCGACUGCAUCUCCAAACCCCCAGCGCUCCUCGCUGUUCCAACUACAUCUCGCUUUUCGUGCACACUAUGCAGGGUGAGUUUGACAGCCAGCUUUCCUGGCCCUUCCAGGGCACGAUCCGACUGGCAGUGUUGGACCAGGUCGAGGGGCAGCACCAUGUGGAAGUGAUGGAGACCAAGCCGGACCUACAGGCCUUCCAGAGGCCCACCGUGCAGCGCAACCCCAAGGGUUUUGGCUACGUUACUUUCCUGCACCUACAGGCGUUGCGGCAGCGUGGCUUUGUGAAAGAGGACGUGCUGUUGGUGCGCUGUGAGGUCACACCACGAUUCGAUGCUAGCCUCAGGAGGGAGGGGGUCCAACCUCGGGGCCCAGAACCUUCACUUUGAGUUCCUACGUCGCACCUGCAUUCUCAAGUUCUCAUAGACAGCUAAACAUUUCUUAGACUAUUUUUGGUACUCCAGGCUUAGUAAUGAUGGUUGCAUAACUCGCAAUGCCUGUCUGAUGUAUACAGAUGUUUCCCAAAACAUUUUAGUGCAGUGCAAUCAGUGGUCAAACUUCUGUAUGAUUAGCAUCACAAUUUCACUGAAUGACCCGUCAAAGCUAAAGGGUGUAAAAACAUUAUUUAAUGGUGCUGCUUAUGUUAGCUUAUGUUAAAAGUGUUAGGUUCCACAAAUUAAUUUCACAAUACUACAUUCAACUGCUCAUGUUUGCUGCCUUACUCACCAACUCAACAGUAGGUCCUGUGAGUUUAAAAUGUUUUUGCAAAAAAUACAUAAUUUACCAUUUAAAGCAUCGUUAGUACACAGCAGCACUGUUUACUGUGACUGUACUGAAUGUGGUGCAUCAUCUUCAUUUAACAACUUCAAAAUGUCCAUAUUCUUAAGGUGUGAUCACAUUAGCGAAGUUUUGACAAAAAAAAUUUAUUUUCAAUAGUGAAUCACUGAAGCACAAAUUGUUGGUUAACGCUGCAAAUCCAUGUGACCAAUUUAAACUGCCUGGGGAAAUCUUUCAGACUCAUUUGUAUUAAAAGGAGCAAUGUGAAAAUUCACCAAGCAGAGAUCAAUGUGAUUGCACCUUUAAUGCAGAUGUCAUCUUACUUAAUUUGUGUCCAAUAUUGCUUAGAUGUGUGAAUGUUUUACAUGCUUCAUUGAACAACAUUGACAAAGUAGGAGUAUUUUUAAUCUGAUGGACUAAUGUAUGCAAGUUAAUCUGAUGAUUGUAUUGACACUGGAAAUCUGACAAUCCUUUCAUAUAAUGUUCUUUUUUUCAUCAAAAUAUAGUGCUCAAAUGUGUCUUUAUAAAUUAUUGUUAAAUGUC